AUGGUCAGUGCUGUUUCCUCCACUCAAGAAUUUCAAGAUGCUUUGAAAUACGAAGGUUUAGUCGUUGUUGAUUUCUUCGCAACCUGGUGUGGUCCAUGUAAGAUGAUUGCUCCAUUAUUGGACAAAUUCUCCAGUGAAUACCCUCAAGUUAAGUUCUUAAAGGUUGAUGUUGACCAAUUUGGUUCAAUUGCUCAAGAAUACGAAGUUACUUCCAUGCCAACUAUAAUUUUCUUCAAGAAUGGCCAACAAAUCCAAAGAGUUAUUGGUGCCAACCCUGCUGCUUUGAAAAACGCCAUUGCUACCAAUGCUUAA